AUGCAAGUAGCGUCCGGUGAGGCCGGCGAUGGCUGCAUGACAGGCAACAGUGGUGCUUGCAGCAGUGGGAGCUGUGGGUGCAACUAUGGCUGCGGCAACUGCGGCUGUUGUGGAAAUGUUGGCUGCGGCAACUGCGGCAACUGCGGCAACUGCGGCAACUGCGGCAACUGCGGCAACUGCGGCAACUGGAAUAUGGCAUGCUUUGGGCAAGGAAUGGGGCAGGGCUCUGGCUGUGCUCCUGGCAACCAAUGCGGAAACUGCUGGCCGCCUUGCUAUGGCAACUGCGGCGGCAGUUGUGGCGGCAACUGCUGUGGCAACUGCGGAAGCUGCUGCGGCGCCGCCUGUCAGAACCAAUGCUGGCAGUCUGGUUGGCAGGGAGCCGGCUGGAACGGGAACUGUGGCUGGUGCCCAAAUGGUUGCCAAAAUGGAUGCUGGAAUUGGCAGCAGCAGAGUGAUGAGCCUCGGUAUUCCGGAAGAACGCGCGCAGAGUGGGCCAAUUGGAUCGUCACUCCUUGUGGUGACCGCUGGUGCCAGACAAAGCUCAACGAGGCAAAGUGUGUCGUGGACUGGAUGAUCAGAACUUGGGGUUUCGAGCUGCUUAGCAGUGGCAGUGGGGUCAUCGAUGUGGGCGGCGAGCCGGGGUUUGUGGCCAUGGCCUUGCUACAGAGCGGCAUCCCAGCGACAGUGGUGGACCCUAGCUGGCGCAUGACCGGCAAGACAAAUCGGCACACCAACAUCGAGCAGGUGACACAAAUGCCUGGGUGCCCCAACUUCGCCCCCUUCCAGGAGAAUUUUGACGAGGGCUUCUAUGCUCGACACAAGGAGGUUGUGGACUCCGCCAGUGCGAUCGUGUCCUUGUACGGGGAUGAAGCAACAGAACCAAGUCUGCGCUUUGCCGCAUCCUUGGGCAAGCCCUGUGCCCUGAUUCCCUGCAACGAGUGUGUGAGGUUUUUCCCGUCGCAGAAUCAAACAUAUGACGGCUACGUCCAGGCAUGCAUGGAGGCGGCAAAUGAGAAUAACGGACGCUUCGAACUGGUCAAUCUUGUCGGUGCACCAUUUUCUCGUGCGCUUCUCGUACAGCCGCCGCUGCCUGGCUGGGCAAAGAAGUACGCCAAGGCUUGGCAUAGAGAGUCCAAAGGAAGGAAUGGCACUGAGGAGAGCCUCACAGUUCCUUUGAAAGUCCUGAAAGACCUCGGUGUCCUUCAUCAGGUUAUUUGGAAGAUGGAUGUAGCCAGGAGAGGCGCCUGA